AUGGACUCGCGGGAACUAACACCAGAGGAGCUGGAAAAGAAGAAGAAGAAAGAUGAAAAGGCUAAAGAGAAAGAGUUGAAGAAACUUAAGGCUGCCCAAAAAGCAGAGGCAGCCAAACUUCAGGCACAGCAAGCCUCUAAUGCUCCCAAGUCAGGAAAGAAAAAGAAUGUAAAAAGAGAAGCCGAGGAUGAAAACCCUGAGGAUUACAUUGACCCAGAAACAUCUGUUGGUGAGAAGAAAAAACUAUCUUGUCAAAUGGCAAAGACGUUCAAUCCCAGUGCUGUUGAGAAAUCGUGGUAUGCAUGGUGGGAAAAGUCAAAAUUCUUUGAGGCAGACCCUAGCAGCUCAAAACCCCCUUUUGUCAUUGUUUUACCACCUCCUAACGUCACUGGGGCUCUACAUAUUGGCCAUGCCCUUACUGCUGCAAUCCAGGAUACAAUUAUUCGCUGGAGAAGAAUGUCUGGAUACAAUACAUUAUGGGUGCCUGGUACGGACCAUGCUGGAAUUGCCACACAGGUUGUUGUGGAGAAGAAGAUUAUGAGGGAAAGGAAAUUGACGAGGCAUGAUGUUGGUCGUGAAAGCUUUGUAGCUGAAGUCUGGAAAUGGAAGAAUGAGUAUGGAGGUACCAUACUAAAACAACUACGGGGUUUGGGUGCUUCUCUGGAUUGGUCUCGAGAGUGCUUUACCAUGGACGAAAAAAGAUCUAGGGCUGUGACUGAGGCAUUUCUCAGACUUUACAAGGCGGGUCUUAUAUAUAGGGAUCUCCGUCUUGUGAACUGGGAUUGUAUCUUGAGAACUGCAAUAUCUGAUAUUGAGGUGGAUUAUGUAGAAAUCAAAGAGAGAACUCCAUUACGGGUUCCUGGAUAUGCAAAACCUGUGGAGUUUGGAGUGCUGACAUCAUUUGCUUAUCCUUUGGAAGGAGGCUUGGGAGAGAUUGUUGUGGCGACUACUCGAGUGGAAACAAUGUUGGGUGAUACUGCUAUUGCUAUACAUCCAGAAGACCCAAGAUACACCCAUCUUCAUGGAAAAUUUGCAAUCCAUCCAUUCAAUGGAAGGAGACUUCCGAUAGUUUGUGAUGCAGUGCUCGUAGAUAUGAAUUUUGGGACUGGCUGUGUGAAGAUAACUCCAGCCCAUGAUCCAAAUGAUUUUGAGGUUGGAAAACGCCAUAAUCUAGAUUUUAUCAAUAUUUUCACGGAUGAUGGAAAAAUAAAUAGCAAUGGUGGUCCUGAGUUUGUAGGGAUGCCACGUUUUGAAGCUCGUGUGGCUUUGACCGAGGCUUUAAAGGAAAAGGCACUCUACAGAGGUGACAAAAAUAAUGAGAUGCGUCUUGGAAUUUGUUCAAGAACCAAUGACGUAGUGGAACCCCUCAUUAAGCCCCAGUGGUAUGUUAACUGCAAAAGCAUGGCCCAGCAAGCUCUUGAUGCUGUAAUGGAUGACACAAGUAGGAAAAUGGAGAUAGUACCAAAACAAUAUGUUGCUGAAUGGAAGAGGUGGCUUGAGAACAUUCGUGAUUGGUGCGUCUCAAGGCAGCUUUGGUGGGGUCAUCGUAUUCCUGCAUGGUAUGCAAAAUUGGAGGAUGAUGAACUGACGGAACUAGGUGCAUACAAUGAUCAUUGGGUGGUUGCUAGAAACGAGGAAGAGGCUCAGAAGGAAGCUAGCAGAAUCUUUGCUGGGAAGAAGUUUGAACUUUCACAAGAUCCUGAUGUUCUGGACACCUGGUUUUCUGCUGGUCUGUUUCCAUUAUCUGUGUUGGGGUGGCCAGAUGAUACGGAUGAUCUUAAAGCAUUUUAUCCUACAUCUGUUCUUGAAACUGGGCAUGAUAUUCUGUUCUUUUGGGUUGCUCGUAUGGUGAUGUUGGGAAUGAAGCUUGGCGGUGAUGUUCCUUUCAGAAAGGUGUAUUUGCACCCGAUGAUUCGUGAUGCACAUGGACGCAAGAUGUCCAAGUCAUUGGGAAAUGUUAUUGACCCUCUUGAAGUGAUUAAUGGAAUAACCCUGCAAGGUCUUCACAAAAGGCUGGAGGAGGGUAAUUUGGAUCCGAAUGAAUUGAAAACUGCAAAAGAGGGGCAGGUGAAGGACUUUCCUAAUGGAAUACCUGAAUGUGGUGCAGAUGCUCUACGUUUUGCCCUUGUUUCCUACACAGCUCAGUCGGAUAAAAUAAAUCUGGACAUUCAAAGGGUGGUUGGCUAUCGUCAAUGGUGUAACAAGCUGUGGAAUGCUAUAAGGUUUGCCAUGAGUAAACUUGGAGAUGAUUACACGCCUCCAACAAAGAUAGUUCCCGAUGUCAUGCCAUUUGGGUGCAAGUGGAUACUCUCUGUUUUGAACAAAGCCAUAUCAAAAACAGUGUUAUCUUUAGAAUCUUACGAGUUCUCUGAUGCAACAACAGCAGUAUACUCAUGGUGGCAGUUUCAAUUGUGUGAUGUGUUCAUUGAAGUUAUCAAGCCCUAUUUUGCCAGCAAUGAUUCAGAAUCUGCGAGAAGACAUGCACAAGAUACUUUGUGGGUGUGUUUGGAUAAUGGCUUACGGUUACUUCAUCCUUUUAUGCCAUUCGUCACAGAAGAACUGUGGCAGCGUCUUCCUUCUAGAAAAGAUUCUAUGAGGAAAGAAUCAAUUGUGAUAUGUGAAUAUCCAUCACCUGUAGAGUGCUGGACAAAUGACAACGUGGAGUUGGAGAUGGAUAUGGUUGAAUCAGUGGUUAAAUCGCUCAGGUCUCUUCGGUCAACUCUAGCACCAAAGGAGAGACAUGAAAGGCGAGCAGCAUAUGUGCGUUGCCGUCUAAAUGAUGCAUACAAUAUCAUUAAAAGCCAUGAACUGGAGAUCACUACACUAGCAACAUCAUCAUCCCUGGAGGUUUUAAGCGAGAGUGAUGAUGCUCCAGUGGGUUGUAAGGUAGAUGUGGUUAAUGAAACUCUCUCGGUAUUCCUCAAGCUACAAGGAAACAUUAACGUAGAAGCUGAACGCCAGAAGCUCAAGAAAAAGAUGGAGGAGAUAGAAAAGCAACGUGAUAGCUUGUUGAAAAUAACAAGUGCAUCUGGCUAUCAAGAAAAAGUUCCAGCUCAUAUCCGCGAAGAUAACGAGGCGAAACUUACAUCUCUCUUUCAAGAGCUCUUGUCGUUUGAGGAAGCUAGCGAGCAAUUGGAACGUGCAUCAGGAAAAUAA